AUGUGUGGUAUUUUCGCAGUAUAUAACCACCCAGAUGUUUCUGGGUUCAAAUCACAAGCCCUCAAAUUGUCCAAGAGAAUCCGUCACAGAGGUCCAGAUUGGAGUGGUAACAUCACCAAGAAGAACACCAUCAUGUGUCAUGAACGUCUUUCUAUUGUCGGUGUUAGCACUGGUGCCCAACCUAUCACCAACGAAGAUGAAUCUUUGAUCUUGGCCGUUAACGGUGAAAUCUACAACCACAUCUCUGUCAGAGACAGCUUCAAAGACUACGACUUCAAGACCGCCAGUGACUGUGAAGUCAUCAUCCCAUUGUUUGAAAAAUACGGUCUUGAUGCUCCAAACCACUUGGAUGGUAUGUUUGGUUUUGUCUUGCACGAUGUUAAGAACGACAGAGUCAUUGCUGCCAGAGACCCAAUUGGUGUCAUCACCUUGUACAUGGGUAGAAGCAAGAAACAACCAAAGACCGUUUACUUUGCUUCUGAAUUAAAAUGUUUGACCGACGACUGUGACGAAAUCACUGCUUUCCCACCAGGUCACAUCUACGAUUCCAACACCGACCAAAUAACAAGAUACUUCAAGCCAUCUUGGUGGGAUGAAGAAAAGAUCCCAACCACUCCAGUCGACUACAAGAAAUUGAGAGCUUCUUUGGAAUUGUCGGUUAGAAAGAGAUUGAUGGCCGAAGUCCCAUUCGGUGUUUUGUUGUCUGGUGGUUUGGACUCUUCAUUGAUCGCCUCUAUUGCUGCUAGAGAAGCUGCUAAGGCCAGUGAAAACGUCUCAUCCGACGAAUUGGCCGGUGUCGAUGAAAAUGGUAACUUGCACGCCAGCAGCUGGGGUAAGGUCCACUCCUAUGCUAUUGGUUUGAAGGAUGCUCCAGAUUUAUUGGCUGCCAGAAAGGUUGCCAAGUUCAUUGGUACCAUCCACCACGAAUUCACCUUUACUUUGGAAGAAGGUUUGGAUGCCUUGAGUGAUGUCAUUUACCACUUGGAAACUUACGAUGUCACCACCAUCAGAGCUUCCACCCCAAUGUACUUGUUGUCUAGAAAGAUCAAGGCUCAAGGUGUUAAGAUGGUUUUGUCUGGUGAAGGUUCCGACGAAAUCUUUGGUGGUUACCUUUACUUUGGUUCUGCUCCAUCUGCCCCAGAAUUCCACACUGAAUGUAUCAAGAGAGUUAAAAACUUGCACUUGUCUGACUGUCUUAGAGCCAACAAGUCCACCAUGGCCUGGGGUCUUGAAGCCAGAGUUCCAUUCCUCGAUAAGAGUUUCUUAGACUUGGCUUUGAACAUUGACCCUGCUGAAAAGGUCAUCAAGCCAUCUGAAGGUAGAAUUGAAAAGUACAUCCUUAGAAAGGCCUUUGACACCAGUGAUGAACCAGAUGCCAAACCAUACUUGCCAGAAGAAAUCUUGUGGAGACAAAAGGAACAAUUCUCCGACGGUGUUGGGUACGGAUGGAUUGAUAUCUUGAAGGACACUGCUGCCGAAGUCAUUUCUGACGAACAAUUUGCCACUCCAAAGCCAGAAUGGGGUGCCGACAUUCCAACCACCAAGGAAGCUUACUGGUACAGAUUGAAGUUUGACGAAUUGUUCCCACAAAAAUGUGCUGCCGACACUGUCAUGAGAUGGAUUCCAAAGGCUGACUGGGGUUGUCACGAAGAUCCAUCUGGUAGAUACGCCAAGUUGCACGAAAAGAAGGUUGACGAAAUUAACUGA